GACACCCAAGAACUUCAACAAGGAGUUUCUUUUUAUGAUUUCCAUGUUGUCGAAGUAUUUUGUCCAAUAUUGAAAAUCAGAAGGCUUAAUUUCAUAUUCUGAAGGAAGAUAUUUUACUCUCCCUUCCGUAUUGCUGUGCCGUAGUAGCAUUAGUAGCGUGUCAUGGCGGCGGCGGCGAAGCUGCCGGGCGAAUCGUCGUGGGACAGCGACGACGAGUUACUGGAGGAGGAUGCGAUUAAUGACACGGAAGAUACUGAGGAGGUGCUGGACGAGGAAGCCCUGCUCGAGGGUGACGACGACGACGACGACGCGCGGCGAGGCGACGCGAGCUACGACGAGCGUUACCGCGGCGACGCGGUCGCCGCCGACGACAAGCGCUACCGCGGCGACAUGGUCGCCGACGACGUGAUCGACAUCGCCGCUGACUACGACGACGACCUGCUGGAAGAGACGGAUAUCGUCCCCGACGACGACGACGACGGCGGCGUUGCCGCGGGAAACGAGAUGAAGGCUGCAGCGAACGAGCCGAAUUACGCGCGCGCGAUCCCGCGCAGUGACGUCGUCGCAGAAGACCAAGCGUCCUACAGCACUGACGACGGCAGGUCGACGACGACGACGACGACGGUUGCCGCGGCGGCGGCGGCGAAGGUGUUCGUGGAUACGGGCGACAGCGACGACAGCGACCAGGAGGAGAAGCGCGAGAGAUUUCGCACGGAGCGGAAGACGAUCUCCGUGGCGACGGGCGGCAAGCGGGCGGCGCGCGACAUCCCGGACACGCUAGACAAGGUGAUUGUCCUCGCGGAGCAGCAACCUCGACGUUUAUACGGGUUCCAGAAGCGCGGCAGGAACUGGAGGAGAGGAGGGCGAGGCGGCGGCGGCGGCCGCGGCAACGCCGGAAUCAUGGGAAGCGGUCCGCCGCCGCAGCAGCAGCAGCGGCCGACGUUCCCAGGUGUGCGCGGCGUGGCGCAGCAGCCCCCGAGGAAGAUCCACAUCAACCCGUACUUCUCGGGAACGGUCGCGCGGCAAUUCAACGGUCCCCGGCUGCUCUGGGACCAGUCGAGCCCGCCGAUGGCUGGCGGGGGCGCUCCGCCGCGUCCGCCGCCGCUGCCGCACGGUAACGACUUCAAGUUCAACCAGUUUCCGCCAGACCAGGCCCCGUUUCGGCCGCCGGCGGGGGCGGUGAUGAGGACCUACAGGCCGGAUGCUGGCGUGGCACCACCGAUGAUGCGCGCUCCGCUGCCCUCACUGCUGCCGCACCAGCAGCAGCCACCGCUGCUGUUCUUUCAGCCUCGGCAGAACGCGAAUGUUUCGCGACACGAAGCACUGCGGCAGCCGCAGCAGCAGCAGCAGCAGCAGCCGGCGGCGGCGGUCGCGUAUCAGGAGAAACAGCAGUCCGGCUAUUAUCCCCCCAACGUAUCAUAUGACGACCGCCCCCCACCAUCUCUAGAAGCCCAGUUUUUGUCCAGUCAGCAGCAGCAGCAGCAACAGUUUCAGCAACGGGAGCAGCAGCAGCAGCGCUACCAGCAAGAACAACAGAAUAAACAGCAGCAAACGGCGCAGUACCAGCAGCGGCAGCAGCCGCUGCACCAACAGAUACAUAGCCACCAGCUACCCCAGCACCUGCAGAGACCGCAGCAAGAGCGGCAGGCCCAACAGCAGCAUCAGCAGCAGCGACAGCAGCAGCAACAACAACCAUACCAACAGGAGGGACAGCAGCAGCCUCAUCAACACCACCAACAACAACAGCAACAGCAACAACAACAACAACUGCAAUCUUAUCAACAGCAACAACAGCAGCCGUACCAGCAGAAGAAGCAGCAUCAACAACCACAGCAACAGCAGCGGCAGCAUCCACCGCCGCAACCCUACCAGCAGCAGCGACAGCAGCCGGGUUACGACGCGAUCAGCCGACAGCGCGCGCCCGCCACCGGUCGUCCCGCGAGAAUGCCGAGACCCACUGGCAACGGCUUCAACGCGGCCCCGCCGGCGCCCGUGCGACUCAGGUCUCCCACUCCGGGUCGCUUUCCGUUCGCGCCUCCCGCGUUCUCGGCACAGCCAGGCGGACACCCCGUGCCGGGUCAACGCCCCGGCGCGCCUCGCCCGGGAGGGCAGCGACAUCCGUUCGCGCCGCCGGCUACGUCCCAGGGUCCCCAGUUUCCCAGUUUCAGGGGGACGAACCAGCCGAAGGGUGCAAGCUACGGUGGUGCGGCUAGCGUCGUACGUCAGGUGCCGUCACUGAAGCAGCAGCAAGCGCGUGGAGCAGGGAAGCCUCUGGUUCACAACCAGCAGCACCCUAUGGAAUGGCAGCAACAGCAACAGCAGCAGCAGCAGCAGCAGCAGCGAGUAGAGGCGGUGAAUGCAGAAGAGGAGGAGGAGGAAGAGGAGGAGAUGGACGAGGAGAUGCGGUUGUACAAGCAGAAGAUAAGAGAGCAGGAGCGAAUUCGGGAGCAGGUUCGACUGCGCAAGGAGCGCAACAGGCAGCAACGCGUGCAGCAGCAUCUCGCCGAUGACUCAUCCAACAACAAUCCUGCCGCGCAGUCGGCCGGGUUUCCCCGCCACGGCGACGCGAUGCCCCCCGGGGGCCAGCUCAUCAUCGAGAAGAAGAUAAAGAAGACAUCCCUCGGCGAGAUAAAGACCGUAUUCGAGAAAAAAGUUGUGACGACCGUCACACGGGUGCCCGGCCCAGCAUCUCUGCCGCCAGGUGUCAGCACUGUCGCACGUCCGCCGCCAGGGGGCGCAGGCGUUUCACGUAUGCUGCUGCCAGGGGGCCCCACUGUCGAUGGUCAGCGUCAGGGUCGCAUUGUCACGAAGCAGGUUAAGAUGAGGGAUGGUUCCAUGCAGUCGAUCCCGCUCAAGAAGCUCGCAAACCCCGACGGAACCUGCUCCUAUGCGCACGUCCGACCUCCCACGCCGGCGCCCCUGCGCGCCGUGGUCAUGCAGCAGCAGCAGCAGCGCCCCCUGCAGGUCGAAGCCGGCGACGGCGGUAGGGAGGCGGAGUCUCAGGCGGAGCGAAUGCGGAAGAGGCAGGAGAGGUUUGCGGGUGGCGGCAGCGGCGGGACGGUUUCCGGGGGCCAGGGUACGGUGCAGCGAAAGGUGGUGGCCGCACCGCCGCCGCCGCCGCAGCAGCAACAGCAGCAGCAGCAGCAUCAACAGCAACAACAACAGCAGCAACAGCAGCAGCAUGUAGCAGUGAGAAGGUCUGGCGCGGCGCGGUUACAGGAUGGUGGCGAUGCGAAGGCUGGCCGACGACAGCAGCAGCAGCAGCAGCAGCAGAAACCCGUUGCCAGCAGCAACCUGACGCGGAGGGUGCGCAUCACGAGCCUGCCUGCGGGCGACCCGGAGAAGCUCGCGCAGGCGAUCGUCGCGAUGUGCCAGCGCGUCGGCGUCGCACGCCACCUGGAGUUCGACUCGGACGACUGGGUUGCGACAGUGGAGUUCAGCGAGCAGCGGGAGGCCGUCGACUUCCAGAGGCAGUUCCAGGACAGCCAGAUGCAGUCGGCGCGCAUAUUCGUCGAUCUGAUAUAGGACGACCACUAGGUGUCACUACUAGCAGUCCAACAUGGCGCAGAUCAGCACAGCGGUGUCAGACGGCGUUGUUGCCGCGACGGCG